AUGGCACCUAGCAACAAGAUUGAAGUGAGGAGUGGAGGACACAAACUGAUGUGUCAUGAGAGGAGGAAGAAACAAUUUCUUAAACAGCAGCGGAUCCUGGGAUCCCCGCGAAGUUGGUCCCAAGCAGAAGAGGACUAUGGGGGCAGAAGGACACUCCCACACCGGGCUAAGCCUGACAACAGGAAACAAUAUGCCCGAAGGGGCUCCUCCAGAGGUGCUUCAGCCCAGGACUGGAAAGUCGGCGGGCUCCCCUGGCCCCCAGACCGGCCCGCGCAGGGCGCCCAGCUGGAGCCGGCGGCCGGCGGGGCGGGCGGCGCGGCGCGGCGCGCGGGGAGGGGCCAGCGCCCGCCCCGCCCCCUCCUCGGGGAUGCCGGGAUGUUUAUCCUCCUGACAGCGGCGGCCGCGGGCGGAGCAGCGGGAGCCGCCGGAGGAUGGGUCGCCGCUAGGCUCGUACUCUGGACGCGCCUCGCCGAGCGCAGGGGGGUGCCCGCGCCUGCAGCGUCCGCGGGGGCGGCGCGGCGGGAGGUGGUCGAUCGGUUCCGGGCCUUGCAGGCACAGCCCCCGGCCCGGCGUGCCUCUCCGCGGCGGCGCCUGACCGAGCCGCCCGCCCGCCCCGGAUUCCUCGCGGGAAGGAGAACGGAAAACUGCCAACUUCCUGAAUGUGGGAGCAAAGGAAUGACCAAAUACUGCCUGGUCCAGCGUGACUCACCUGCCUUUAAUGACUCCACGUUGGAUCUCUGCUUUCAGCCUGACCUGACCUUCCAGCCUAUGUCUAGACUCAUUUUCACAUUUUCCCCUGAUAAUUUUUGUGCCCUUUGUGGGCUCUCUGCUUUAUCUUUAUGUUUUCUUACUGCUCUUCAUACCCAUUACCCAUGCUCCAACUGUUCAGUUUCAGUGUAUUAAAGUUAUCUUCAUCCUUUAAGACCUUGUUCAUAUAUACAAAAAAUAUAAAGAAACCUCUCUUUCUUCGGCUUCUUUAGGCUUUUAGUACUUAUUGACUCUCACUGUAGAAGUUUUACUUGUCUUAGCUUCCUUACUGGAAUAUAAGUUUCUGGAAGGCAUGACUCACGCUCUGUACAUAUUUGUGUUUCCUGCGGGGCCUGGGACCGUUCUUGUCCAAACUGGCCGCUCAGGGAAUGGCAGAUGACUAGAUAACUGCAUCCCAGAGACUGUGUGGGGCAGGAGGUCUCCGCGGGUGCUAGCAGUGAGAGAAUGCCCAGCACAAUUGAGCAAUUGGAUUCAGGGAAGUCUAGGGUGAAUGCCAGACACAUGACCGAGCAAGGCCUCUAGGACAUAGUAUGAGGGAGGUCUAACUGUGUGAAAUAUUUAAAAGGUUGCAUCUGCAAGUGGUCACUGUCAGGACAUUCAGGGACCUAGUCUGAGAGUCUGGGCUAAAUUUUGAGUUCUGAAAGGUCUUAGAUAGGUGUGAGGUGGGAACAAAGAGUAUGAAAAACAGGGAUAUGCAGAGUUGAAUUUUGUGGGUGCGGAGUCAAGACAAAGACCAGUUUGGCGACUGAGGUGUAAGUUAUAGGCUUGGGCAACAGGGAACAAAGUAAGAGUUGAGUACCUGGAAUGAGGACGUGAGGUGAAAACAGGAUCAGCAAUCAGGUUAAAUGGACUUGAAGCUGAUUUCCUAAGGAUCCUUAUAUUUCCCACUUUAGCGGCCAGCUCUUUCCUAGUUCAAGUUAAUGAUCUGAUUUUCUGUAAAGGGGUUAGGAACCUCUUUCUGGCCCAUAAAAGUGCUUACUAUAUAUUUAUGAAAUUAACUCAGUUUUGAUGUUCUAACAAUUUUAUUAUGAAGUAAAUGUUGAAAUCAGUUAAGCAAGGAAAUAACUAUGUUCAUACUUGAAAUUAUUCUCUUCUUAAGAAUAAUUACUAAUUGCAAAUCGAUGGAAGGGUAUCGUUUGAUUUGUGCCAUCAAAUGCUGACAUAGCCAAAGGUGGUUCUUUUUCAAAAUAAAACCAAGAAACCAGACCUGUUGCUGUUGAGUUGAUUCUGACUCAUAGUGACCGUACAGGACGAAGAACUGCCCCAUAGGGUUUCCAAGGAGCAGCUGGUGGAUUAGAGCUACCGACCUUUUGGCUAGCAGUGAAGCUCUUAACCACUGUGCAACCAGGACUCCCAUUUCAAAAUAGGUACAUUUUAUUUACUGUCUUUAUAUAGUUUUUACUGUGAAAGUUUAAAGAGCAAUUGUAAUGUCAGUAAUUAUAAAAACGUUUAAAGUACUUGCAAAGGACCUAUGCCAAAUGAACCAAAGAAACAAUGUAUAUUCAUGAAUUACUGAAGAAAACCAAAUCCCAUUUUGACUGAGUCUAUUCUGACUAAGAGAAAUAAUAAAGAAGCACAUAGGAAAUUAACCUGGGAAGGUACCCAGAGAUUGCAUCGUUGCAGGCCUUGAAUAUUGCCCUAAGAAGAUUAAACCUCUUCUCUCCUGUAAUGUGACUGUGAAGAGUUACCUUUCUGUUUUCAGAUUUUGAUUUUAAUGGCAACAAAAUAAAAUAAAAGAGAUGGCUUUGUCAUCUCUUUGAUUCUUAGUUGAUGGCGGAUCAGGAACUAGCAUCAAAAUAGAAUCAAGACUAUUGUAAAACAGGUCUCAUAGGUUUGUUAAGGAAUGUAUUAAGAUGAUUUUGGUUUGUGCAAUGUAUGAAAGAAUCCUUAAAGUCCAGACUUCAGUGAUACUACUAGUACACCAAGAAAAGCAAUUAUUUCCUUUUUAUAAACAGCACCCCCCCAACACGCUUCAGUGUCUUCUUUCUCCUUUUUUUAAUUUUAGAAAUGAGUUAAAUAGAUUAAUUAAUUUAUAAGUUUAUUUUUUAGAAACACCUCCAAUACCGUCUACUCCGCUUCAAAGUAGGUUUUUUCCCUUGCAUAAAGUCUUUUGCUUAUUGUCUCCAGAAGAAUUUCCAUCUCCUUAGUAUCUUAAUAAUACUUCAUGAUUUGGCCUUUGGCUCUUGCCUCAACUGCACCCCAUGCUCCUGUCUUACUGGACGUAACUGCAGUUCUGUCCUACAGGGACGACUCGGAAUCGACUCGAUGGCAGUGGGUUUAGUUUUUUUGGUUUUUCUAAGACUUCAUCAUUCUUUAGUUAGAGAAGUGGAUUUGCACAGAUUCAGAAAGUUUCUGAAAGCAAAAUUUAACUAGGUGUCAAUUAUAUAAUUCCAUUGUGAAACUCCACAGAUCUAACUAUAUUUUCAAAUCUUUCAUCAGAGUCCCUUAUAUUUAAACAGUCUCAUAUAACAUCCUGGAUAGUUUCAUCAUCGUAACACUGUUAUUCCUACUGUUAACUUCAAAUAUUAAUCCCUAUUCAGUGGGUAAUAGCUACAUAAAAUCAUAGUUUAAUAUGAUAAGUAUGCCAAAGAAAGUAUAUUUGUUUCUAGAAUAUAUAUUUGUGUACGUCAAAAGACAUACACAUACAGAUUGGUAUGAGUGACAUUGUAAGAUAGUGUAGGUUAGGAUGGAAAUCAUUUGGCAGAGUUUAGUGAGAAAGUUUGCUUAACAGCUCCCUGGGUUAACUUUGCAUAGUUCAGUCAAAGAAUAAUAUAGUUCUGUGAUAUAAAGAGGAAUAUAACAGCAAUUGAAUUUAGUUUCCCAGAAGGUACAUUUUAAAACAUUAAAUGUAACGAUGACUGACUCUAUCAAUGAAUUGAAAAAUCUUUUUGUUAAGAGGUAGGAUAGUUUUGUAUAACUGCGGGUAAGUGGCUUUCAUAAACUUCCUUUUUUCUUAGUUUUCUUAAUCUUAAUUUGCAUUGGAAGUCUAUGCAAGGUAAAAAAGAAAGCAAACCCUUCCAUUUUUUUUUUUUUCCUUUUUUGAGGAGGGGCCCCUGGGCAGGAGGAGGGAGAAGGCAUGAGUUGUUGGAAGAAGUAACAGACUUCACUUGUUUUGUUUAACAUUGAUUAUGCACUACUAACCUAAUUACCCACUAAACGGAGUCUGUUGUGACUAACUCAGAUCUUGAGAAUGAGGUCAGGGCCUCAGCGAGGGUUAGUGAAAGAGUUCAUUGGGGAGAGCGUUGGAAGACCUGAGUUAGCAUCUAGAACUUGACCUAGACCUCAGUUUUAGCUCUAGGCCUCAGUUUUCUUUGUCUUUUUAGGAACAUCAAAAGAGAUAAUUGGUAGGAAAGCUUUUAAAAUUUCCUUGAUGGUUUAUCGUAAAUUGUAGAAUGUAAAGAAAAGAGGAGUUUGGAAGUUCAGAAAUAAUGCAUAGAACAGUGUCAGAAGCAGAAUAAACCAAAAACCAAACCCAGUGCCAUCGAGUUGAUUCCGACUCAUGGCGACCCUAUAGGGCAGAGUAGAACUGCCCCCAUAGAAUUUCCAAGGAGCGCCUGGCGGAUUCAAACUGCUGACCCUUUGGUUCGCAACCGUAACACUUAACCACUACGUCACCAGGGUUUCCUAGAAACAGAAUAGGUUUCAAAAUACAUUUGUUGGAUGAAAAGAUAUGAGCAAGUAAAUUUUUUUUAAGAUAAAAUGUAAAACCAGGUAUUAAUUCAGAAAAUUCGAUUACGGUUUGCCUUUAUUUUAUUUAAAUGAGAAGUGUUUCUUUUUUUUUGGCGAUGAUUUUUUGGUUAGUGAGUACUUAUUACAGACCAAAGACUGUUAAAACAAAUGACUGUACAAUAAAGAAUUCAUGCUAAUGAAAGUCUAAGAGUUGACUUGUAUUCCGUAGGGCUUUAUCAGCUUUGUUAUAAUAGAAUUCACCACUAUGAAUUAUUUAGUACAAGGAGUUUAGUAGAAUGUUUUUUACAGUCAGGUGUGGAAGAUGGGCUGAAGGCUCUUCAGGUCAGUCUUUUUACUCUGAAUGGCUGAAGCUUGGUCCCCAUGAUUUUUCUAGUGUUACAGAUUGAUUGGCUUAGUGAGCAUGUGCUUCUGCCAGACUCUAGUUGUUGCUGUGUGAGUAAGUGAAUGACAUAGCAGAAACAUAAUGGAAAUUGGUGUUUAUAACUGCACCUUAUGCCUGUAAUUAACUAGGGAAAUAGCCCAUCAAAGCUUUUUGGACAAACUUGUUAUUGUACACAAGUCUAUAGUCUCUACUGACUAGAUUUUCAAAUCUUUCUUUUCUAACAUACUUUAUAAAUACCUUAUAAAUUUCCUAGCCCUUUCCAAGAGCUGAGUAGGGAUCCCUCUUCUUUCACAUCCUCAUAGGGAAAUUCUUCCGUAAAGGUAUUUGGAAGAAAUAAUACUAUCUUGUAUUUGUAUACCACUUAAUGCCAGACAAACCAAACCCGUUGCCAUCGAGUCCAUUCUAACUCAUAGCAACCCUAUACGACAGAGUAGAACUGCCCCAUACUAUUUCCAAGGAGCGCCUGGUAGAUUCAAACUGCUGACCUUUUGGUUAGAAGCUGUAGCUGUUAACCACUACGCUGCCAGGGUUUCCAUACCACUUAAUACUUUUGAGAAAUGUUAAUACUUUAUUCUUGCAGCUAUUCUUUUACAUCAGAUAAAGGCCUCUUUGUUGCUCUGAGGUAUGGAUAGAAAACCUGGUGGCGUAGUGGUUAAGUGCUAACCAAAGUGUCGGCAGUUCGAAUGUGCCAGGCGCUCCUUGGAAACUCUGUGGGGCAGUUAGUUCUACCCUGUGCUAUAAGGUCGCUAUGAGUCGGAAUCUACUCGAUGGCACUGGGUUUGAUUUUUUGGUUUGAAGGUAUGGAUUUGAGAACUCGUGCUGUCAUCUCAUGGUGAGUACUCAUUAUGAACUUCACAGACAUUGGGAGGAGAACCUGUCUUUAAUCACUCAAAAGGAGAGGCUAAUAUGGAUUUGAACUUAGAUUUACUGAUUGUUAGACCUGUAUUCUUCAUAACCAUUUGUUUAUUCAACAAGUAUUUAUUGGUCUCUCAAAAAAAAAAAAUUUCUUUUUUUUUUUUUUUAGUAUGUAAUAGUGCUUUGGUGGUAGAGUUCCCACCUUCCUUAUGGGAGACCUGGGUUUGAUUCUGGGUCAGUGCACCUCAUGCGUGGCCCCAUCCAUCUAUUAGGGAGGCUUGUGUGUUGCUUUGAUGCUGAACAGAUUUCAGUGGUGCUCCCAGACUGAGAAGGACUAGGAAGAAAGGCCUUCUGAAAAUGAACCAGUGAAAACUCUGUGGAUCAAAAUGGUUCAACCGAUAGGAUGGCGCAGGACUGGAUUUGCUCCAUUGUGUGCAUGGGGUUGCCAGGAGUCAGGGCCGACUUGAUAGCAGCUAACAACAACAACAGCAAUAUGUACUGGAGGUAUAAAAUGAUGAAAAAACAGAUUUUGCCCUUAAGUAGUACUUGGUAGUAUAGUUAAUGGGCAGGACCUCAGAUGGGCAGACAGUUGAUCAUUAUGAUAAAACAAAACCAAAACCAGACCCAUUGCUGUGGAGUUGAUUCAGACUCAUAGCAUGAUGAUGAGGUAUUUUACAGAGGGCUAUCUGAGUUCUGAGUAAGAUUGGCCGGGCAGACCAGCUGGGAAGGGCAUUUCAGCACGAUGGUGCAACCUGUGUCAGAGACACGUAGGUGUGAAAUAGCCUAGCUUUUGGAGGAAGUGUAUAGGAUUCAUUAAGGCCAGAGUAUAGGAUUUAUAUGGGGAAAUGUGCUGGCAAGUAAGGAGCAAGGCUAAGGAAAUUGUUUCUGUUGUAAGCAGAAGUAUGGUAUCAUUAUACUUGCAUUUCUGAUAGAUCAUAUGGUGAGCAUGUAGAAUGUGAAUUAUAGUCACUAAAGCCAGUGAGAGCAGUUAAUAGAUUAUGAUAAUAGUAAGGAUGAUGAGGUCCUAAGCAGAGAGAUGAUCAGGAGGUUGAAUUAAUAGGAGUUGGGGACUUAUGUGAGGAGUUGAGGGAGAAGAAGGGGCUGGCAUGACCUAGGGAUUAUAUAGGUUGACUAGGUGGUGAUGCUAUUCACUUAUAAAGAAAUACAGAAUAGGACGGGUUUGGAGUGUUUAGAUUUUAGUCAUGUCAGGUUUAGGCUAUCAUCAGGCAGUUGGAAAUGAGACUCUGGAGCUACAGGUUUAUAAAUCAUCAGUGUGUAGGAGGCAGGCUAUGUGCCAGCUGAAAAAUGCAUGAUUAUCAAUUUAAAUAAUCAAGGGAUUUACCCUUAAAGGAAACCUGAGCAAGAGAAUCAGCAGAAUUGUUAGAUUAUUGAGCAAAAGAUUUUCUGUUGAAAUGAAAAAAGCAGAUAAAAUAAUUUACUUACACCAUUUCUGGUAGUGAUUUACAUUGUUAGCUUGAUUUAGUUCAAGCAGGUACUAGAUUAAGUAGUAAAUACAUAGUUUUUCACCAAUAAUUGAUGAAAAUAAAGUCACUGGCACUGGGAUCUUCAUCCAAGAAUUUGGAAGGGAUCAGUGUUCUCUUUAAUAUCACAAGAUGCCAGAAGUAGUGGAGCAAUUGCUUAAAAGGUCUGAGAAGAACAAAAGUUUGCAGCUAAAGAAUUGUAUAUAUAGCCAAAUUAUUGUUUAGUAUGAUGACAAUGGAAUGAUAUUUUUAGGUUUGCAUGGGCUAGAGAAAAUAUAUCACAUAGGUGCUCUUUAAAAAAAUUAGUUGAAGAUGUACUAUCAGAUAAAAGCCAAAAUUAAAAGUUUGAGAAAGAGGCAUCUGUAUUGCAAUAACUGUUGAAACCAAUAAAAUGUAGAAGCAAGAUUAAACAGUUCUUAUGCAAUAUUGGAAAUAGUGCAAAAUGCCAGAAAUAAUUUAGAAUGAGAAGCUAUGGUUAUAAAACUUACCAUCUGAGAACUUGGGGAUGGGGUAUUUGGGAAAUGGGAAGAGUAAUGGCAUGAUCAGUUUCUCCUCUAACCUGGAGGGGUUGUGUGCAAUAAGAUGUGUAAAGCAGUGUCACUCCAGUCCCAGGAAAUCUCAGUUUCCCUUCUCUGGUCAGUCCAGACACAGCUGCUCCACACAGCCCUUUCUUUCUCUCUCACCCCUUUUCACCUGGGACUACAUCGGCGGGUACCAGCUCCUUCUCUGUUUCUUAGGUCUGAUAAUUAGUUAAAAUGACUCACAACUGCCAGGAAAGAACUAUCUUUAAUCUACAAAGGAAAAGGAUAAAACACAAAGGGGCGAGGUCCAGGUGGGUCUCUGCACAGAGCUUCUUUGUCCCCAGGGGACGUGUUUACUCUCCCAAGAGAAGCUCCAGUGAGCCUCUGUCUUUAAGGCCUUUACUGGCCUCACCGAAUGGCCUCCUGAAGCUUAGUCAGCAUCAGCCCCUCAGGGGACCCCUCUUGGUCUGGUCAGCUAUCACUCAUUGGCUUCAGGUGUGGCCCUGUUUUCAGGAGCCAGGACCAAAGGCCAAAUUGUUUACUGCAGAAGGGUUCCACACCUCGUAGUUGAAUAUUAUUUUUACUUUGAUAAGCAGAGAAAAGCUGGUUAAAAGAGAGACUUUGGAAAACUUGGGAAGACACCAUUAAUAGAAUUAAAAAUAGGAUAGGAUGCAUGUUUAUUUUCUAAAUGACAAAACAUGGUCCAUAUGGCAAGAGAUUAGAAACAAAUAAACAGCAAAGAAACAAAAAGAUUACGAAAGACAAAUCAAUAAAACAUUUACAGACAGUGUAUUAAAUUUCCCUUUAAAAGACAAACUCAGAUUAAAAGCAAUGUUCAACUAUGUGCUGCUUUCAGAAGGUAUACUUAAAUCAACCUAGAAAGAUUAAAAAGGCAGGCCUUAUUACCCUGGUGGCAUAGUGGUUAAGAGCUACGGCUGCUAACCAAGUGGUCGGCAGUUCGAAUCUGCCAGGCGUUCCCUGGAAACUCUAUGGGGCAGUUCUGCUCUGUCCUAUAGGGUUGCUAUGAGUCAGAAUCGACUCGAUGGCAGUGGGUUUGGUUUUUAUUAUUUUUAGAUUUAUAAAGAACACACAACGGAAAAGACAAAGAAGUAGAAUAUGAAUUCUGAAGUAGAAUUUAAUGAAAAAAAUCACUAACAAACGGAACAAUUAUGUAAAUUGCCUCAAGAGGUAGUAACUUAUUGAAUAGACCAGUAACUAUGGAAGAAUCAAAUAAAGUUAUAUGCAGGACCAGGCAGUGUUUUGUUCUGUUAUACGUGGGGUUGCUGAGUUAGAACUGAGUUGAAGGCACCUAACAAUAACAACAAUGUGUUAGUUGCCUUCACAAUUGGAUUUCUAGGCCUGAUUUCUAAAUUUUUACUUUCUAAAUUAAAUGAAUUGAGAUCUUCCAAUUCACAUUCUUAAGUUAGUGUAUUCCUAAUACCAAAAUCUCCCAAAAAUUAGACCAAAAGAGAAAAUUUAGAUCAAAUAUUGACCAGGCUAUGUUCAACAGAUUACCAAGUUCUCAAGAUAUUAAUAGAAAUUCUAUGGAAGAAUUUUGUGGCUAGACAAGUUUGGAAAAAGCUGCAUAGGGUACUGUUUUGGAUAUUUACAGUGUAUGUUAGCAUAUCAGGAUUCCUGAGAAAUCUCGUACCGAGAAACCUAUUUGACUUUGUUUAACCCAGUAUUUCCCAGAUUUAUUUGACUAUGGGCCCUCCCUGCCUUUUUUUUUUUUUUUUAUAAGUCAUAGAAUACCAAUAAACAACUCGUAGAAUUCUGGUGUUUUAAAGAGCAGAGUUUGAAAAACACUUACGAAUAUAGAUUCACAAAUUUGUAAUAAAACUAAAAUUAAUGGUACAGUUUUCAUAACCAGGGAGUGUUUAUCUGAGCAUCUAUCCACUGCUGUUGAGUCGGUCCUGACUCAUAGUGACCCUGUAGGACAGAGUAGAACUGCCGCAUAGAGUUUCCAGGCUGUAAAUCUCUACAGAAGCAGGCUGCUGCUACAGAUGAUUUAAUAAAAGAGACCUAGUAAUAUGAUUCACAGCCUCAUUUGAUUCAGUAAGAAAACUUGUGUAAUAAACUUAGUAGAACAGAAGAGCAUUUGAUAUAAUUUAACACUCCACCCCUUCCCCAUUUUUGAAAAGGAAAAGCCUUCAGAAAAUUGAGACUAUCAUUUGAUAGGGAAUAUAAUCAACAUCAUAAUUUAUUGUAAUUCCAUAAAGUUUGUCUUUAUUUAUUUACUUACCAGUUACAUUUUAAGCUCUUUGAGGGCAGGAAAGAUGCAAUUUUUACAUUUCUUGUCAUCCAAUCUAACAUAGGACCUCACAUUUUUAGGCAUCCCAUUAAGAAAAAAAGGCAUCAUUUGGAAACAUAUCCUUAUGUAAUUUGUAGAUUAAAAUGGGUGUUUUUUCUUUAGGUAAAAUACUUUUUAAAUGUAAAGCAUGUAUGAUUCUUCAAAACUGAAGUAGGGAGUCUUCAGAAUGGACCUUUGAUCCAACAGUUAGAUGACAGGGAAUUUAUAAAAAUUCUUGAACAGUAAAAGGGUGUUAUAAAUGCCAUUUAAAAAACCAUUAUCCUUGAAGAAGGAUUAUCCUUUGUGGAACAAGAAGCACAAAGAGGACUCCAAUAAUGGCAGAAGUGUUCAUGUCGGAAAAUCAAGGCAUUUUGGGACCUGAGGCGGGUUCAGAACUCUUCAGGACGUGGUUGGGUUUUCAGCUAAACGGUUUUUCUGCGGUCUUGAGGGCUGCCUUUCCAGGCCAUGAAACCCUAGCCUGGAACUGUGGCUUGACAGAGUUUGAGAAAAUUUUGUUCAUGUGCAGAUUUCUGCAGCCUUUCUAGGGCCAGGAAGAAGCUGCAGUUAUACAGGCGGUGUGUGUGUAUGUGUCUGUGUGUAAACACACACACAGUAGGCUGGACUGAAUGCUGACUUACGGGAGUCAGGAAACCUGAGCUCUAUUACUCUCUCUGUGUAGUCUUGGACUUUUAUCUUCUCUGUUGAAUUUUCUCAUCUGUAAUCUGAAUUUUCUUUCUCAUUCACGUCACUGUAAUGUUAUGAGAAAAUACCUGUGGAAGCUUUUUGGAAAGUACAAGGCUCUAAGUGUAAGAUGUCAGUAGAGUACAUUGAUGCUCCUCUUGCUGUAAGAGUACCGAGAAACAUAGAAUUUGGAAACUAAAAAUUAUGGUGCUGGGGAAACAUUAAGAUCUUACCUUUUUGUCCUUUUGCACUUUCGGUUAAAAAAUAAACGAGUUUCAACUAAUAUUUAAAAAUAUUUAUGUUAGAAAGUUUAUACCGCAGCUUUGUCAUAAUUCAGAAUCGAUAUUUAUGUUGCUGCUUACUUACUCUAAUUAGUUUAUUCAGAUAUGUACUGAAAUCUGUUGCUUUAACUGUAUACCAAAAACCAAACCAAACCCAUUGCCUUUGAGUAGAUUCCAACUCAUAGCGACCCUACAGGGCAGAGUAGAACUGCACCAUAGGGUUUCCAAGGACUGACUGGUGGAUUCAAACUGCUGAGCUUUUGUUUAGUAGCCAAACACCUAACCACUGUGCCACCAGGGCUUCUUUAACUGCACAGCUACAUGAAAGUAUGAGAGAAGUUUGGGGGAGUCGAAAUUGAGUGGACGGCAAUGGAUUUUUUAUCUUUUCUUUGUAAUACGGUUUGCUUGAGGAAGCAAAAAAAAAACCAGACCCAUUGCUGUUGAAUUAAUUCCAACUCAUAGCGCCCCUAUAGGAGAGAGUACAACUGCCCCAAUGGGGUUUCCAGGGAGCACCUGGUGGAUUGAAACUGCCAACCUUUUGGUUAGCAGUUGUAGCUCUUAAGCACUAUGCCACCAGGCUGUUCCUCACUUGACAGAUGGUAUAGAAAGGGCAUUGAGAAGGCAAAUGGACUUCCUAAGCUUGCGUUUGCUGGGUGUGAUGGAGUCUGGCUAGAAUUCAUAAUUUUUGUUGUUACUUAACACAUUUUUCCCCUUUGGUGUAUGACAUUUUCUUGCUAAUAAAUAUGACUUUGUAAUAAUUUUUGAUAAUUAUCAUAAUCUUUUAGAAAGAUCAUCAAAUGCUAUGUUGCUUUUACUUACCAACUUGAAGAAUCACAAUGUGAACACACAUGGAAUAUUUUUAGUUAGAACACAUGUUUUUUCUUUGAGGAAAAAAAACUUUUUAAUAAUUUUUAUUAAAUAAAUUAUCCUUCAUAUAGUCAUUUACUAAAAAUAAAAGUAUGAACUAGAUUUAUAGCUCAUUUUUUUUUAAAUAAUUUUUAUUGUGCUUUAAGUGAAAGUUUACAAAUCAAGUCAGUCUGUCACAUGUAAACUUAUAUACACCUUACUACAUACUCCCACUCCCUCCUUCCGGUCUCUCCUCUGGUGACCGUUUUGCCAGUUCCUAACCCUCUCUACUCUCCCACCUCCCCUCCAGACAGGAGAUGCCAACACAGUUUCAAGUGCCCACCUGAUACAAGUAGCUCACUCUUCAUCAGCUUCUCUCUCCAACCCAUUGUCCAGUCCCUUCCAUGUCUGAUGAAUUGUCUUCGGGAAUGGUUCCUGUCCUGGGCUAACAGAAGGUUUGGGGACCAUGACCGCCGGGAUUCUUCAGUCUCAGUCAGACCAUUAAGUCUGGUCUUUUUAUGAGAAUUUGGGGUCUGCAUCCCACUGUUCUCCUGCUCCCUCAAGGGUUCUCUGUUGUGCUCCCUGUCAGGGCAGUCAUCGGUUGUGGCCGGGCACCAUCUAGUUCUUCUGGUCUCAGGGUGAUGUAAGUCUCUAGUCAAGUGGCCCUUUCUGUCUCUUGGGCUCCUAGUUAUUGUGUGACCUUGGUGUUCUUCAUUCUCCUUUGCUGCAGGUGGGUUGAGACCAAUUGAUGCAUCUUAGAUGGCCACUUGUUAGCAUUUAAGACCCCAGACGCCAUACUUCAAAGUGGGAUGCAGAGUGUUUUCUUAAUAGAAUUUAUUUUGCCAAUUGACUUAGAAGUCCCCUUAAGCCAUAGUCCCCAAACCCCCACCCUUGCUCUGCUGACCUUCGAAGCAUUCAGUUUAUCCCGAAACUUCUUUGCUUUUGGUCCAGUCCAGUUGAGCUGACCUUCCGUGUAUUGAGUAUUGUUCUUCCCUUCACCUAAAGUAGUUCUUAUCUACUAUCUAAUCAGUAAAUAACCCUCCCUGCCUCCUCCCUCUCGUAACCAUAAAAGAAUGUGUUCUUCUCAGUUUAUACUAUUUCUCAAGAUCUUAUAAUAGUGGUCUUAUACAAUAUUUGUCCUUUUGCCUCUGACUAAUUUCACUCAGCAUAAUGCCUUCCAGGUUCCUCCAUGUUAUGAAAUGUUUCAUGGAUUCAUCACUGUUCUUUAUCGAUGCAUAGCAUUCCAUUGUGUGAAUAUACCAUAAUUUAUUUAACCAUUCAUCCGUUGAUGGACACCUUGGUUGCUUCCAACUUUUUGCUAUUGUAAACAGUGCUGCAAUAAACAUGGGUGUGCAUAUAUCUGUUCAUGUAAAGGCUCUUAUUUCUCUAGGGUAUAUUCCGAGGAGUGGGAUUUCUGGGUUGUAUGGUAGUUCUAUUUCUAACUUUUUAAGAUAACGCCAGAUAGAUUUCCAAAGUGGUUGUACCAUUUUACAUUCCCACCAGCAGUGUAUGAGAGUUCCAAUCUCUCCGCAGCCUCUCCAACAUUUAUUAUUGUGUGUUUUUUGGAUUAAUGCCAGCCUUGUUGGAGUGAAAUGGAAUCUCAUCGUAAUUUUAAUUUGCAUUUCUCUAAUGGCUAAUGAUCGAGAGCAUUUUCUCAUGUAUCUGUUAGCUGCCUGAACAUCUUCUUUAGUGAAGUGUGUGUUCAUAUCCUUUGUCCAAUUUUUGAUUGAGUUGUUUGUCUUUUUGUGGUUGAGUUUUAUCAGAAUCACAUAGAUUUUAGAGAACAGGCGCUGGUCGGAGUUGUCAUAGCUUUAAAAAUUUUCCCAAUCCGUAGGUAGUCUUUUUACUCUUUUGGUGAAGUCUUUAGAUGAGCAUAGGUGUUUGAUUUUUAGGAGGUCCCAGUUAUCUGGUUUCUCUUCGUCAUUUUUAGUAAUGUUUUGUAUUCUGUUUAUGCCUUGUAUCAGGGCUCCUAACGUUGUCCCUAUUUUUUCUUCCAUGAUCUUUAUCGUUUUAGUCUUUAUGUUUAGGUCCUUGAUCCACUUGGAGUUAGUUUUUGUGCAUGGUGUGAGGUAUGGGUCCUGUUUCAUUUUUUUGCAAAUGGAUAUCCAGUUAUGCCAGCACCAUUUGUUAAAAAGACUAUCUUUUCCCCAAUUAACUGACACUGGGCCUUUGUCAAAUAUCAGCUGCUCAUACAUGGAUGGAUUUAUAUCUGGGUUCUCAAUUCUGUUCCAUUGGUCUAUGUGCCUGUUGUUGUACCAGUACCAGGCUGUUUUGACUACUGUGGCUGUAUAAUAUGUUCUAAAAUCAGGUAGAGUGAGGCCUCCCACUUUCUUCUUAUUUUCAGUAAUGCUUUACUUAUCUGGGGCUUCUUUCCCUUCCAUAUGAGGUUGGUGAUUUGUUUCUCCAUCACGUUAAAAAAUGUCAUUGGAAUUUGGAUCGGAAGUGCAUUGUAUGUAUAGAUGGCUUUGGUAGAGUAGACAUUUUUACUAUGUGAAGUCUUCCUCUCCAUGAGCAAGGUAUGUUUUUCCACUUAUGUAGGUCCUUUUUAGUUUCUUGCAGUAGUACUUUGUAGUUUUCUUUGUAUAGGUCUUUUACAUCUUUGGUAAGAUUUAUUCCUAAGUAUUUUAUCUUCUUGGGGGCUACUGUGAAUGGUAUUGAUUUGGUGAUUUCCUCUUCGGUGUUCUUUUUGUUGAUGUAGACGAAUCCAAGUGAUUUUUGUAUGUUUGUCUUGUAACCUGAGACUCUGCCGAACUCUUCUAUUAGUUUCAGUAGUUUUCUGGAGGAUUCCUUAGGGUUUUCUGUGUAUAAGAUCAUGUCAUCUGCAAAUAGAGAUAAUUUUACUUCUUCCUUGCCAAUCCGCAUGCCCUUUAUUUCUUUGUCUAGCCUAAUUGCUCUGGCUAGGACCUCUAGCACAAUGUUGAAUAAGAGCGGUGAUAAAGGGCAUCCUUGUCUGGUUCCUGUUCUCAAGGGGAAUGGUUUUAGACUCUCUACGUUCAGAAUGAUGUUGGCUCUUGGCUUUGUAUAGAUGCCCUUUGUUAAACUCACAUGUUUUUGAAUGUUGAUUUACAACAGGAAAAGCUGUAUAAAUUAUUUCAUGAAAUGAUGCCAUAAAAAUAUAUUCACAAAUGAUUGACUUUUUUUUUUAAUGUGAAGGAAUUAAUCUAUAUAGGAAAGGUCAGUGGGGGGUGUUAUGGAUUGUGCUUUUUCCACCCAAAAAUGUGUUGUAAAUCUUAACCUCUAUGCCUGUGGUUAAUUCCAUUUGGGAAUGGGUUGUCUUUGCUAGGGGCCCUCGUGGUGCAGUGGUUAAGCGUUUGGCUGCUAACCAAAAGGUCGGCAGUUCCAAUCCAGCAGCCGCUCCUUGGAAACCCUACAGGACAGUUUUACUCUGUCCUCUAGGGUUGCUCUGAGUUGGAAUUAGCUUAACAGCAAAGAGUUUUUUGUCUUUGUUCAUGUUAAAAAGGCACGAUUAGUGUAGAGUGUGCCUUGAGUCAAUCUCUUUUGAGAUACAGAAGAGAUUAAACAAGCAAGCAGAGAUGGAGGAAGACAGAUGCCAAACUACAUGGAGAUCUCCAAGGAACCAGGAAACAGAAGCUGAAGAGACAGGGACCUUCCCCCGCAGCUGACAGAGAGAGAAAGCCUUCCCCUAGAGCCAUCACCCUGAAUUCCGAAUUCUGGUUUCUUAAACUGUGAGAGAAUAAAUUUCUGUUUGUUAAAGCCAUCCACUUCGUGGUAUUUCUAUUAUAGCGGCACGAGAUAAUUAAGACAGGGGACAAGUUAUGAAAUGGAGAAAGACGCUUGAUUCUAAGCUCAUGAUAAUUUCCAUACUACUUUGAGGAGAUAAAUUACUAUAAAUUGGACUCUGAGAAUACUUCAUUAUCUUUAUACAGGUCAGAAAACAACAACAGCAACAAACCCAGAAGCAUUAACUUAGCUUUGUGUGUGUGUGUAUGUGGCCAAACAUAUAGUACUUGAUAUGUCUGUCACACUAAACAAAUCACAACCUUAUCCUUUUGGUAUUUUAGAUCUCAAAUCAAUUGAUCAUUUACUGUUUUUCAAUAAUGCUUUCUUCCAUGAAGAUUUUCAAAAGGGGUCUCAUAGGAAUUAAUCACGCGUUACUAGUGAGGACCUGCUUUUAGGUGGUAACAAAUCCAUAGGCCCCCAGAUCCUUUGUUUAGAGCUGCUCCAGUUGAAUCAAAAUGUCAAUAAACUCUGAACUUAUACGACAUGACUUUUUUUUUUUUUAAUUUAUUCAAAAAGAUUUAGAAUAGAGUGGACUUUUGAGACUGGAAGGAAUUUGGAGAUCAUGUAUUCCAGUACCCUCAUUUGAUAUCUGAGGGUUUUCACUGGCUGAUUUUCAGAAGUCCAUUGCCAGGCCUUUUAGAAGUAGAUCUCCAGGCCUUUCUUCCUAGUCCAUCUUAAUCCGAAAGCUCUGCUGAAACCUGUUUAGUGUCAGAACAACAUGCAAGCCUGCAUUGACCGAUGGUUGGUGGCCAUGCAUGAGGUGCAUUGGCCAGGAAUCGACCUGGGUCUCCCUCAUGGAAGGCGAGAAUUCUCCGAUGGAACCACCACUGCCUCCAGAGAA